GCAUAGCGUACAUCAAUGGCAUCAAGCUCGAGUAAUUGGACGACGAGGCAAAACCAAAGGUUCGAGAAUGCUCUGGCAAUCUACGAUGAGGGCACACCAGAAAGAUGGCAGAAGCUGGCGAUGGCCGUGGGAGGGAAGACAGUGGACGAAGUAAAGAGGCACUAUGACAGCCUCGUGCAUGACCUCAAGCAGAUCGAGGAAGGUCAAGUGCCUUUGCCCAAAUACACAAUGCCUGGCUAUACCCUUCAUCUACGUGGAUGAACAAAAGAAUGAAGGCUUUGAAACUGAAGUGAAGUGUGACUACUGACAGCAGCAGAAGCGGCGGUGGGGAAGAUAACUGAUGACCAAAAUGCAUUCACCUAACUAGUCAGCUCCUUUUCUACAUAUUCUCAAAUGUAAUUUGGUUUCGUUUUACAAGAAAGGAUUGAAGAUCCAAUUCCCUCCAUUCCAGAAUAAUUGUUCUCUUUGGAUAUUGACUGUUUCAAAACAAUUGCCCUUAUAAUAAAUAAAAUUGUUUUAGUAAAAUAUUUAAAAUUCAAACUAUAUAUUUAUUAGUUUUUUUAGUCAAUAUGUAUAACU